AUGGACUGGGACGAUGCGGUCGAAAUCGAUGAGGUGCCACCUCCCCCUGAGCAGCAUGCGCAUGGCCGAGGCCGAGGCCGCGGCAAAGGGAGAGGGAAGGGUCGCAGCACAGGCGGCGCCAGCGCCGGCACCGCCACUGGCGUCCGAGAUAAGUGCUUCGCCGCAUCAUGCAGAAGCAAGAAGAAGCACAACGGCAAGUUCUGUAUUCAACACCACAAGGGCGCGGAGAACUGCAAGAACCAAGCGCAGAAGGAUGGCGAGAUAGAAACAUACAAUCAAAUCUUCAAUGACCCAGUCAAGGCGGAUCAGGCUCUGGAGCAGUACGAGAAGGACAACUGCGAGGGUCGGUUCCGCAAGAGACUCAUCGAUUGGGGCCAGUGGAAAAGGCAGUUCGGCGUCAGAGUCAGCACAAAAGUUCGCAAUGUCGAAGAGUGGUUGGACGUAGCAGAGUACGUUGACAUCAAGACCAAGCACAUGCCAGAGGGGGAAGCGAAAGAAGAGGCGAAGAAGGUCAAGACCGAGGAGUUCAAGCAAAUGUGCAACCAGCCCGGCAUCGAGAAGGAGGGCGAGUGGCCUAGCACUCGCAUCUGGGUCUACAUGAAGAGGUACAUCGACUCCAACUUCGAGGAAGGAUCCAAGCAGAUGAAGGACUUGACCAAGGUCAAGAAAGAGGACGGUGAGGAUGGGCCACCAUCUAAGAAGUUGAAGCACGUCGACGUGGCCACAGCGAUGCCCAAGGUGAGGACCAAACUCGAGAAGAAGGUCGACAAGGCGCGGCAGGCCGGGGAUAUCCUGAAGCAGAUGAGGAAAAAAGGGCGUUCGGAACAACUCGUGCUGGCCACCCCGACGAAGCCCGAGGUGAAGCCCGAGGAAGAGGGUUCGCAGCAGCCCGAGGAGGCCGUGGCCGAAGGGAGACCAACGGCCGAGGUUUCCAAGGAGGUCAAGACAGAAAAGAUGCAGGGCGCGCCGGCCGUCGAGACCAAAGAGGAGGCCGGCAAAGACGUGCCAGCGCAGUCUCCGCCCUUGAGCAAGGGGAUUGGUUCCGCCUCCAGCCACAAGUCGAGUUUGAGCGCCAACUUGGGCGAUAAGCAGGCCGAAGCCUUGAAGAAGUUCUUGGGCGAGAAAGGGAUCGCUGGGCAGGUGACUCAUGACAACUCGAAACUGGCGUCCUACAACGAGAUGCUCAAGCUAGUGGAGAAGGUUUCAUCGGCGGUCACGGCAACAGAGCUCAGCAGCCUCGAAGAGUCAGUCAGUGAGAAGUGCGAGUAUUUCAACCAGAUGUUGACGUCAUUGAGACAGUCAAGUGGAGCUCUUUCUGGGCACAUCAAGAAUCAAGAGGGGAAGGCUGAGAGGGAGCAGAAAAAAAAGCAGGUGGAGGAGGCGGCCGAGGCUAUCAAGAAGUCGAGAGAGGAGACAAAACGUUUGCAGGAGAAGCUGAAGGCUUCCUCGAAGUUGGCGCCGCCUCUGUUCAAGCUGAAAUUCGACGAGCUCAUUUCCCGUGGGCUCAUCAGGACGGCCCCUGCCGGCAAGGAGCUGAAUGACAACGCUAUCAUGGCGCCGCUCCUCAUCACUGGCCCGUCUGAGUGGAAGACUGCUUCUGAAGUGGAGACCCUCGCCUUCCAACUUGGGAAGUUCGGCGGCAGCUGCAAGAGCUCCCCUGAGUGCAAGCAGCAAGGCAGGGCCCAGCAGCCUCUCAAUACUGGGGAGGGGAAGGAGGUCGUGGACCAGUUCAUGGAGAAGAUGUGCAAGAGUGUCGAUGCCAAGCUCGUGAUCAACCCGUCUACGGAUGGCGCAGAGACAUUCAAGACCGUCCUGGAGAGCACGUGGAUGUUCGGCUACAAGAUCCCAAUGUACAAUCUAUCUCAGACAAGCAACGGCCUGGGGAUGAUCAAGACUGUGGCAUACGGGAGCGUCAAUAUGUUAAUGUUUGAUGCUCAUCAGGUUGUGCCUGCUUUGCGCCAGGUGCUCAGCAAGGACAGCGUGACGCUCCCAGAAGUGAUCAAGCACCUUGAGAGCUCUAGCACUGAGACGCUGAGCGCGCUGAAAGAUAGAGGUGUGAUGAUCAUGAGCGCAAAUGUGAACGCAGGAGACGCGAUUUACAUUCCCUCCGGCUGGCUCGUUGCUGAGAGCGUGGACAUUGGUGCGAUGGUGUAUGGAGUGCGGAAGACGGUUCUGUUCAAGGGUGCUGGUUCUGAUUCCUAUGAUGAGCUGUUGGGUUUGAAUCCUGGCAAGAAGCACCCAAAGCAGGAGGCGGUGGCAGAGUUCUUGAAGCCA